CGCCCGCCUGCCGCCUGGGCCGCCAUGUUGAGGCGGAGCAAGGUAGACAGGCACAGGUGUCGGCGCGGGCACGUGUCAGAAGAAAUGCUCAGUGUUGAUGCCUUUUCAGAUAAUACGCAGUGCACGGCGGCUUAAUCAACAAUUGAAGGAGCUCUUGAAGGAUUAAUGAGCCUCAAUUAUGGUGUUCUAUCUCAUUGGGUUGGGCUUGGGAGACCCACGAGAUGUGACAGUGAGAGGCCUGGAGGUGAUCAAGAACUGUGAGCGUGUCUACCUUGAGGCAUACACCUCCAUCCUUAGUGGAGGCAAGGAAGCUCUGGAGAAGUUUUAUGGUCGCAAAGUGAUAUUAGCUGACAGAGAACAGGUAGAGCAGGCCUCAGAUGAGCUGUUUGUGGGAGCCAAAUCCAAAGAUGUGGCCCUGCUGGUGGUGGGGGACCCUCUUGGUGCUACAACCCACACUGACCUUAAACUACGGGCUCACCAGUUGGGCGUCCCUGUGGAGAUAAUUAGCAAUGCAUCAAUUUUGAAUGCUGUUGGUUCAUGUGGGUUGCAGCUGUAUCAUUUUGGAGAAACUGUGUCCAUUCCUUUCUGGCAAGAUGGAUGGGAGCCAGUCAGCUUCUGUGAUAAGAUCAACAAAAAUCUACGGAAAAGGCUCCACACACUUUGUCUUUUAGAUAUAAAGGUGAAGGAACAGAGUUUAGAAAACCUGCUCCGAGGAAGAAAAAUCUUUGAGCCUCCUCGGUACAUGCGUGUGGCUCAGGCAGUGCAACAGCUGUUGGCUGUGAUUGAGCGGCACCAAAGCUCCUCCAAAGGGGAAGACAGAGACUGGCUGCUGACAGAAGACUCUCUUUGUGUUGGACUUGCAAGAGUUGGCACCCCAUCCCAGCAGAUUAUUAAAGGAAAAUUAAAAGAACUGGUUGACUGUGACCUUGGGGAGCCUCUUCACUCACUUAUUGUAUGUGGUGAAUGUCAUCCAGUGGAGGAGGAAGCCUUAGAAAAAUUGGCAGCUUAUUUUAUGGGGCAUGAAGACAAUUUGAAGCAUAAACCCACAAGUAACAAAGUCUUCCACAUGAUUGGACUUGGUCUUGGCCAACCUGGGGAUGUAACAGUGAAAGGCCUGGAUGCCAUCAAGAAAUCUUCAAAAGUGUUCCUUGAAAACUACACAUCUGUCAUGGAGGGUGGUAUUGAAGCAAUGCAGACUUUGUUUGACAAAGAAAUAACAGUUGUAGACAGAGAAAUGGUUGAGCAAAGCUCAGAGGAAAUCUUGCAGUGUACAAAAACUGGUGAUGUUGCUUUCCUGGUUAUUGGUGAUCCUCUAAGUGCCACAACUCACAUAGAUCUUGUGAUCCGUGCCUUAGAUAAAAAUAUUCUUCUCAAUAUUAUUCAUAAUGCUUCUAUCUUAAAUGCUGUUGGUUGUUGUGGUCUACAGUUGUAUUCCUUUGGGGAGACGGUUUCUCUUCCAUUUUGGGAAGAUGGUUGGUGUCCAGAUAGCUACUAUGAUAAAAUCUGCAGCAAUAUGGAGAAUGGCUGGCAUACCCUCUGCCUGCUUGAUAUCAAAGUUAAAGAGCAAAAACCUGAAAACCUAAUUAAAGGUUUGAAAGUUUACGAACCUCCAAGGUUCAUGACUGCAGCAGAUGGAGCUGCACAGAUUGUGGAGGUCAUUAAAAGGAGGGCAUCAGAAGGCAGACCCACUCCUCUCACUCCUGAGCAACUAGUGAUAGGUGUGGCAAGGGUAGGAACCAAGUCACAGAUGUUGAAGACAUGCACACUGGAGGAUCUUGCCCUUGAAAACCUUGGUGCCCCCCUUCACUGUCUGGUUAUUGUUGGAGAAACUCAUCCAUUAGAAGAUGAGUAUGUCAAUAUGUUUAGGUGAUAAGGUCAAGAUGUUUUCUUGCUGUCAAAAUACUAAUAAAACAUAGAAGUUA